CAGUCGGAGGAGGAAGAUCAAGAGCCACAGAUAAAUUAACUGAAACUCUGUACUGCAGAGAGGUGGCUAAUUAAGCUAGCUUGGAACCAUGAGCCGAGAAAACCUAGGACAAGGAGGCAACGUGGUGGCUGAGGCUGAGGUUGACCAAGCGACCUCCGCUCCAAUAACCCCCCGAGCCCCGCCUUCCAUAGCUCCGUCACCCCUCGUAGUAUCGGCUCCUCCCUCCCAAUUCCACUCCCCUUCUCUGUCUCGGUCACCUCUUCUCACUUCUGCAGACCAUCCAGCCGGAGCAACUAAAACCCCUAACACAUCUCGACCCCCGCAGUCCACAGCUCCGUCACCCCUUAUAGUAUCGGCUCCUCCCUCCCAAUUCCACUCCCCUUCUCUGUCUCGAUCACCUUUUCUCACUUCUGCAGACCAUCCAGCGGGAGCAACCAAAACCCCUAACAGAUCUCGGCCCGCCAGUCGAUUUAUUACUCCUCUCGGAAGCCCCCUCAGGAAGGCUUUAAGACUUACAAAGCUCGACCCCCAUGAUGCUUGGCUCCCCAUCACCGAGUCCAGAAACGGGAAUGCCUACUAUGCUGCCUUUCACACUUUAUGUUCUGGGAUUGGAAUUCAAGCCCUUGUUCUCCCCGUUGCCUUCACAGUUCUUGGAUGGGCAUGGGGUGUCAUUUGCUUAACGUUGGCGUUCAUAUGGCAGCUUUACACUUUAUAUCUGCUGGUGCAACUCCAUGAAAAUUAUGAAACUGGUAUCCGCUACAGCAGAUACAUGCAGCUUGCUAGCGCAACUUUUGGGAACAAACUGUCGAAGUUGCUGGCGACAUUCCCGAUCCUGUACUUAUCGGGAGGAACCUGCGUGGCCCUGAUCGUCGUUGGUGGCUCGACAUGUAAGAUGUUGUACCAGACGCUGUGUGGAUGCGCGGACCAGCCGCUGACGACCGUGGAAUGGUACUUGGUGUUCACAUGCGGGGCAGUCGUCCUGUCUCAGCUGCCCAACUUGAACUCUAUCGCCGGAGUAUCCCUUAUAGGGGCCAUCACCGCCGUUGGAUACUGUACACUCAUGUGGGUGGUCUCGGUCAGUAAGGGUAGGCUCCCUAAUGUAUCCUACGCUCCGGUCAAAGCCAACUCAGACGUUGCUAGGGUUUUUGAGCUCCUCAACGCACUGGGUAUCAUUGCUUUUGCCUUCAGAGGCCAUAAUCUCGUACUAGAGAUUCAGGCUACCAUGCCUUCCAGCGAGAAACAUCCUUCUCGGGUGCCGAUGUGGAGAGGCGUCAAAGUUGCGUAUGUAAUUGUGGCGAUGUGCUUGUUCCCUCUUGCUAUUGCUGGCUAUUGGGCAUACGGUCGCGCGAUUCCUGCAAACGGAGGAAUGUUGGCAGCAAUAUAUGCAUUCCACAGUCGAGACGUUGCAAGAUCCGUCCUAGGGCUGAUGAGUUUCUUUGUGAUAGUCAACGCCUUGAGCUCCUUCCAAAUCUAUGGGAUGCCAAUGUUCGAUGACAUGGAAUCCCAGUACACCCAACGCUUCAAGAAACCAUGUCCUUGGUGGCUGAGGGUUAUUAUCAGGGCUAUGUUUGGUUAUGGCGUCUUCUUUGUGGCGGUGGCCAUUCCCUUCCUCAGCAGCAUGGCCGGCCUCAUUGGAGCAAUUUCCCUGCCCGUCACUUUGGCUCAUCCCUGUUUUAUGUGGCUCAAGUUCAAGAAACCAAAAAAGUAUGGUCCCAUCUGGUGGCUGAAUUGGACUCUGGGCCUUUCAGGGAUGGGUCUCAGUGCAGUUCUCAGCGCUGCUGGUGUUUAUGUUAUCAUUGACACCGGCAUUAAACUCAGCUUCUUUAAGCCCCAGUAACUAUGUACAGUAUAAUAAUACAGGGGGACUUCUGGGAAAAACCCUUUUUUGGGUUUUGGUAUUUGUUUUGUGUUUUUUUUGGGGUGGGGAGUAGAAUGGAACCAGGUGCAAACAAACACGUAAUAGCCUUAAACAUAUAGACAACAUUCAAUUUUAUUUGCUAAUAGUAGUAUUAUUUUAGUGAAGCGAAUAAAUUUUUGGAUUGUAUUUAACGUGUUCCUACUUUGUUUUCAUUCUUAUCAAUCAAGAAAUUAAA